CCCGCCAUCGUAGAGAGCCACAAUCGGAAAGUCGAAACUCUCUGCUGUGUCUCUCCCUAUUUUGCUCUUCUUCUUCUUCUUCUCCUCCUUUAUCUUCGUUUUUUCUUUCCUGGGUUUGCUAAGCUACAUCCAUUUCCUUCUCUUCGAUCACAGUGGUUACUGAUAUUUCAAUCUUCGGGAGUUUCGGGCGUAGGGGAACUUCAUUUACUGUCCGUGUGUAGAAUAUCGGAAGAGAUCGAUCUGAUCUUCCAGGAAUCACACAAAAUCUAACCAGGUCUGGAAACUGAGAUUUCUUGAGAUACAUCAAUGGCUGGCCAGACUGAUCCUCAUAUUUCACUGUUUUCUCCACAAGAGGUUGAGUUUAUGGCAGAGGACGAGCUGGUCGAGAUUGUUCCUAAUAUGAACAUGGAGCAACUCAAUUUCAUCAGUGGCGAUUUCGGUCGGUUCAUUCCUCAGAUUCCGACAAAGGUGCCUCUGUGGCUUGCAGUGGCACUGAAGAGGAGAGGAAAAUGCACUUUCCGGCCUCCGGGGUGGAUGUCUGUUGAUAAUUUGACUCAGAUCUUGGAAGCAGAACGUGAAUCUCAGUCGACAUUCCAGGCAUUACCAUUUAGUUACGUGGAGAUUGCCAGACUACUUUUUGACCAUGCACGUGACGAUAUUCCAGACAUGUAUAUGGUGAGAUCCCUAGUCGAGGACAUCAGAGAUGUACGGCUUCACAAACUUGAGACUAACUUAGGAUCAUUUCAAGGUACAUCUGCAGUAAAGAUCUCUAAUGUAUCGGCAAUGGAAGUAAACAUAGUACGCCCAUUUGUGAUAAGAGCCUUAGAAGCAUUUUAUAAGCAUGACAAGCCAGAGGCUGAUGUAGACAGAGACACCAGAAGUAGUAGACAACAGCGUGAAACCAACAAUGAACCAAGGAGACCUCUAAGGCAACGCUAGGUAGCUUCCACGCCCUUGCCUAAGUGAGUAGAAGUCAGGUAUCUUCUGUGCCAACGUUGGUCGAACUCCCUGAGAAGUUAGAACACCAGCAGCAUGUAUCGGUAUCGUUAAUAUAUGACUUGUUUCUCCUGCAUUGUGGUACAUACUCCUUUGAUAUUAGCAUCUUUUAUGUUGUGACGAAAAGUUCACUUUAAUGAACAGAAAUAUUAAGAUGGCAAACGAGUUUUAUGGGUGAAAUGGUCACACGAAGGAUCCCAUAUGUUUUCAUUUCAAGUAUGUGGGCUGAAAUCGAUCAAACACUUCUGCAAAAUGAGCUCAGUGUUUUUUUUUUAUGUGAUACACAAUUUACUGGAGAGCACAAAAGGUUGAAACAUACGAACUCAUAAACCAGCUAGUUUAAUGUGACAAUCUAAGUAUGAAAAAU